UCGCACCUCUAUCACGUCAAUCCGGGUACUUUCCGGUCGUUACGCCCGUGAACAGAACGAGCGUCGUUGCGCCCGUGAACAGAUCGAGCGCUCCCUCGCAGGCUGGAGGGAAGGCGGCGGGGUUUAGGACCCGGCGGGACGCGCGGUACAAUAGAGCUGUUGUGCCGUGGUGCUGGACAGAUUGCUGCCCUGGAGAUUCCCACUGUGGGGGCAUACAAAGCACCAAAUUCACCCCAAAGAUAGAAGCAGAGCCUCGGGUUUGAACAGAGUGAAUCUUCGGUUAUUCUGGGACUGAUCCGUUGCGGGAAGAACGCGGGCAGCAGCGCGUGGGCUCCAGGUACAAAAUGAAGCAGUGAAGGGUUAAUCAGAGGAAACCAUUAGCAUGCUUUUCAACUUAAAAUAUAUGGAUGUUACAGGAUGAAACGUCUCAGGUCCUCAAGCAGCAGCGACAGUUCUGACAAUGAGAGCCCGUCGACCUCCUUCUGCUCCUCAAACAAAUAUGGCGGCAAACAUGGAACCCCCGCCUCCGACCAGAAGAAACCGGCUGAAGUGUUCAGAAAAGACCUGAUCAGUGCCAUGAAGCUGCCUGACUCCCACCAUGUGUCUCCAGAGGACUACUACCUGCUGGCGGACACCUGGAAGAUGGAGUGGGAGAAGGGAGUGCAGGUGCUGGCGAGUCCUGAUACAAUCCCAGAGCCCUCAGUCCGAGUAUUUGCAGAGAAGUCAAAGGAGGUGCUCUACAGCCUCCAGAGGAAGUACAUCCAGUGCUCAGGCCAGGAGACAACAGAUCCAGGUUAUGUUAACAUCAAGGAGCUGGCAGAGGCCAUGUGUCGCUAUGACCUGGACGAAAUGGACCUUUACUGGCUGAACACGAUCAACAGAGAGCGCCAGCUCACGGGGGAGGAGCUCAUAGACGAGCUGACGAUGGAACGCACCAUGGAGGCCCUGGAGAGUCAGUGCCAUGACAACAUGAACCACGCCAUCGAGACAGUGGAGGGCCUAGGGAUCGAAUAUGACGAGGACGUGAUCUGCGAUGUGUGCCGCUCCCCUGACAGUGAGGAGGGGAACGACAUGGUGUUCUGUGACAAGUGCAACAUCUGUGUGCACCAGGCCUGUUAUGGCAUUGUCAAAGUGCCUGUAGGAAACUGGCUUUGCAGGACGUGUGUCCUUGGCAUUGACCCGCAGUGCCUCCUGUGUCCUCAGAAGGGCGGUGCCAUGAAGGCAACACGAGCGGGCACCAAGUGGGCACAUGUGAGCUGUGCUCUGUGGAUACCAGAGGUGAGCAUCGCCUGUCCUGAAAGGAUGGAGCCCAUCACCAAAGUGUCCCACAUCCCGCCCAGCCGCUGGUCUCUCAUCUGCAGUCUGUGUAAACUGAAGACAGGCGCAUGCAUCCAGUGCUCUGUGAAAAACUGCACCACUCCUUUCCACGUGACCUGUGCCUUCGAGCACAGCCUGGAGAUGAAGACCAUCCUGGAUGAGGGAGAUGAAGUCAAGUUUAAAUCUUACUGCCUGAAGCACAGUAAGUCUAAGACUGGGGAGUCUGGCCUGAGCCCAGCUCGCUCUAAACCCCCUGCUGAGGCAGAGAAGGUGGGCCAGCGGGCACAGAGGCUGCAGGAGCUAGAGGAGGAGUUCUACACUCUAAUCCAGCUGGAGGAUCUGGCCCGGAUCCUUGGACUCUCUGGGGGCCUGCUAGACUUCAUCUAUCAGUACUGGAAGCUGAAGAGGAAAGCAAACUUCAACAGAGCUCUGCUGCCCCCUAAAGCGGACGAGGAGAACAUGAUGCUGCAGCCGCAGGAGGACAGCAUACACACACGCAUGAGGAUGUUCAUGCAUCUGCGACAGGACCUGGAGAGGGUGAGGAAUCUGUGCUACAUGGUGAGUCGUCGGGAGAAGCUGAAGCUGCUGCAGAGUAAAGCUCAGGAGCAGAUGUUCAACCUGCAUGUGAAGCUGGUGAACCAGGAGGCCUCUGCUGGCCUUCAGUCUUCCUUCCCAGGGGACAGCAUGCUGUUUCGUCCUCCUCCCAGGAUCACUCUAAAGCUGAAAAUGCCCAAAUCCUCCAGUCUUGGAAAUGGACACUCCAGCUCCAAGUCCGGGAACGGGCCGCUCUGUCUGGACAAUAAAUUGAAUGUUUCUGAGCAGACAGGAGAGGGGCUCGGUCAGGGGAAGCCUCAGAUGCACGGAGGAGGCGAGCGUUCGAAUGGACGACUGUUUUCUUCGAGUAAAUCAGCGAUGCCUGUUAAAUCUUCUGGGAAACCUUUAGACCUGCAUGCAGCGCUGCACGGCCACUCCUCCAACAGUAACGGCAAACUGGGCCAAGACCGAGCGUGCUUAGGGAAAUCCAACGGCCUCUUUGAGAAGUUUGUCGCUCAGAAGGACAGCUCCUGCCAGACACCCAGCGACCAGGACGCUUCCAAUCAGGCUUUGGACAAGAGCAGCUUACGGAAAUCUGCCAUGGAGCACUUUGGUAGAUCCUUCAAAGAGGCGACUAUCAACUUAGUACGGACCACAGAGGACCUGAGGGCCUCAGAUAAACUGUCCCGAAAGGUCUCAGCCAAGGAGAAAAUAUGGGCCAAACCUGUUUCUGAACAGAAAGUGAAAGGUCGUAGGUCAUACCAAGACAGUGACGGGUAUUGCCCCGACCUGGAACUCAGUGACUCAGAGCCGGAGGGACACAGAUCCAAAGGGCGACACAGACGGCAGGUCGGGACCCCUCAGGACGCUCCGAGGAAAGAAGUCAGUCAUGGGAAACAGUCGCUGGGAUCCAGACACUCCAUGCAAAGGUGACAGCUGUCAGUUUACUCCGCUCACUGCCGCUGUUCUCUCCAAAGUGCCGGGCGGCGUCUCCAUCAGGGACCAGACCAAGACCCAGAGCUGUACACAGGAAGAUAAAGACGUGUACCUCUGUGUUGGUUUAAGAGGAGCAGAUGUGUGUCUGUCUGUCAUCUGAGAUUAUCAUACUUGCCUUUCAUCACAGCCAGCGUUACGUUUUCUACUCCACUCUGAAUGAAACACUCCUCUUCCCUUCACACAGGUUCAAUCUGCCUUUGACUCAAAGUGCUGUACAGAAGAUGUGGGCUGUAAAUAAUGUUUACCUGAGUCACAGCUGUUCCACAUGUUUAACAACAAAUGAAAUGAAACCAGCAUGCCAGAUGUUCUGUAGUUAAGUCUAGCCUCUACUGCAUCUGUUCAUGUACGUUGUGUUUCAGUUAACCUGUGCCCGGUCGUUCAAAAGUCAUCUGAUCGGAUUAAAAUGAUCACAUUUCAAAAACUGGAUUUUCAAAAUGGAAAAAAGUGGUAAAAUGAGGUAAUCUAGUCUUUGUUUUUAUCUGGUUUAAACCUCCAGUUUGUGUUGUCUGAAACCUUUUGUGUAGGAGUUAGAUUACUUUGAUCCAAUAAAUCAGGAUUAUUCUGGUGCCAGCAGAAGGUGGGAUUCAGGCUGGAUUAUGGGAACAAAAUGUUAUCAAACUUUUAAGAAGGUCAAACAAAACAACAUGUUUACACUGAUUAUACUUUUGACAUUCAUGUAGUAAUUUGCCCCCAAGUAUCUGUUAAAAACAGUAAAAGAUGUCAAAGCUGGUUCAAUAGUUAAGUCCUUACAGCAUCUGUUGGUAGACGUUGAUUCAGAGUCUAUACUAACUCCAGAUUACACCAAUAAAUCUACUAAUAUCUCAUGAUUCAUCACAUUCAAACAUAAACCUCAUAAACAGCACAUUACUGCAAGAUAUCAGGGUAUGUAAAACCUAAAAACACAGGGUUCAGCCGUAGUGUCUGAGCAUAUGCUGGCACUUAGGCCAUGUUUUUGCACGAGCUGUCUUAUUCAAACUGCUCCCUCUGCGCAGUCUCAUGACUUCUUUAAAAUCACACGACCAAUAGUGCAGCAUUCAUGAUUUUAUAUAAGUAAAAAUGUUUUAAAAUCACGUCUUUGAACGGACUUACCUCUGAGAAAGGCUGUUAAAAUAUCAAUUCUUUGACUCUUUGUGUUUUCAGACAUGUUGACGUCAUAGCUGUAUGAUUUCCGGUUGGAACAGUUGUGAAAGUAAGAUAUCCGUAGCUGAUUCCAGCCAUUUAUCAACCGAUCUUCCAUGUGGAAAUCCCUGGUUUGAAGAUUUUGACCUCGUAAAUGUUUCACCGAAUAACUUAAAUAUUAAACGUUAACAAUAAAACAGUUUAGGUGUCGUUAUUGGUCUAACAGUUAAAGCGCGCGCCUCAUACACAGGCUAUGGCUCGACUUCUGGCCUCAAUCAUUCUGCUGCUGUCUUCACUACUCCCCACAUUCCCUCUCUCACAUCAGCUCUAAUAAAGGUGAAAAUGCCAGAAAUAGAACUUAAAAAUGGAUGGAUUAAAGUGGAUUUCCAAAUCCUGAUCAUUCUCAUCCAGAUUAAACAUUUUGAAUAACUGGGUCUGGGUGACAAACUGGAAACCUAAGUUCGUUUCAUAAUUUAUGAACACAAAUGCCUUUUUGGAGUGUAUGAAGCAUAGACUGUCUAUAAGAAAUGAAUGUUACCACCAUUAUGUGGAUGUAGGUUUGUGGGCUUCUUUCUUCAUCUCCUGCACUCUUGUUUUUUUGUACCGGAAGUGACCAUAUUUGGAGCAGAGACUGGAGCAAGUGGUUUAACAACACUUAAAUUAUGAGCCAACACCAGUGCCAGCUUUGCUAAGGCACAUUAGUAGUUUACAGUCAGUUGUGAGUUGCAAAAUAAAGAUUACAAUGAAUCAAUGUACCUUGCUUUAUAAGCUGUAAAACAAACAUGCUGUAUUGAAGUGGACUCAAAACUUGAGAUUCAGACCAUAAACUCUAAAGGAAAAUGUUCACGAGGGAGGGAAUGUGUAUUUUCUGGUCUAAUUGCAUCUAAUCACAGUUAUUUUGCAUAACUGGCAGUCGCCUUCUGCUGGCCACAAGGAAGAAUGCAGGAUUCAGAACCUAUGACCACGUCUUGUAUACAGUCUAUGGUUUAGAUGCUCUGUGAAACUAUUAUAACUUCAGUUUUGGAAGAAAUGUGCAGAACAAGGUAUGAUUACAUUCCCCUGUGUGUUCUAGUGAUGUAGUUGAACCUGGAUGCAUAAAAGCAAAGACUGAGUACAGUUUUGUUAUCAGUUGCCUUCUUAUUGGUCUCAGAUCCUUCAUUAACACAAGGUGAAAAGACAAAAACUCCACUUCAAACCUGGCCUUGUAUCUGAUAAGAAAUGACUCAAUGACUUGUGCACUGCGGCUGCAGACUGGAUUUGAUACAGAUGCCAAUUCAGUACUUUUUGUGCUACCCCUCUUUAAGUCUGAACCAAUUAAACCACAAACAGCUUCAUUGUUUUAGUAUUAGUGUGUGAAGAGGGCCAAAUUUCUUAAAAGGAUCAGUGUUAAAUGUUGCAAUAAAAACAGAUUGACUGAACUAAAUGAGGAGUUAAAUACAGUCAUCUAAUUCAAGAAUGAACAAACUGACCAAGCAUUUCAGGAUGACACAAUCCAGACAGUUCUGAUUGACAUGGAUGAGAUAAUCCUACAGAUACACUGUGUUAUAAAAAGGCUUUGGAUUGGUUGAUCAACUAGUGAAUCUUUAGGAAAGUGUUCAGUGAACUGUGCACCAUAUCCCCCACUGUGUAGCAUGACAUGAAACUAUCAAUGCAUUUGUUUUGAACUGUUUUUUUCUGAACGUGUCCAACAACACACUCUGUUGCAGCUGAAGUGGAUUGUAAAUGAAAGCAACAGGUCCAAACUUUGACACUAACUCAUUCUUCUCAAUCAAACAUCAAGUUGCAUAAACACUCUCUUGUUUUUUAUGUUUCUACUGUGGAAAAAACAUUUUAAAGAAAGUUUUUAAAUGAA